AUGGUAUUCAACAACGCAACAACCACAAGAUGGAAGGAGGACGAUAGCAAUAAAUGGACCGAAGUAGUUUCUAAAAAGAAGCAAUAUCAGCAGCAGCAACAGCAGCUUCAACAGCAACUACAACUACAACAACAACAACAACAGCAGCAGCAGCAUGGUGUUGAUGAUCCAUUUGCUGGUAUGAAAUCCUGUGUUGAUUACGAGCAAGAGAUAGAAAGACUGAAACAGCUUGUGCCCAAGGUGCCUGCUGAUAGUCAGCACAAGAAGCGACCAUCAUUAGAGAAGAAAUUUAAUACCAAUACUAAUACAAAUACAACAUCUAAUACAGCUACAUCAACCACAACCACAUCUAAUCAUACCAACAAUAACCAUAACUUCUUGAACAACGAAUUUAUUAAUACCAACAACACGACCUCCACUAUUGCCUCUCCUACAUCUACUACUACCUCUGCCUCUAACGCCACAAACAACCCUACAUCCACUGCUUCCACUAUCUCUCGCUCUAAUUCGCCAGAUACAACUCACUCGUCAGACUCUGAUGUCUCUUCAGUUCUCUCUGAUCACCAAAUUGUUACAGAAGAAGAGAAAUUACGUUUCUUGGCAUUCGUCCGCAGCUGGACAGGUGACUGGCGUAAGGGCGCCAUGAUGGAUGAUUUGACUUCAUCAUCCAACUCACUAUGGGCAGAUCAAUCGCCGUGGAGUCGUCGCCACAAUGUACAGUCGCAGCAAUAUUACUCAUAUCAACAGCCCACUAUGCUCAACAAGCAUGGUCAACAGCCAAUUGGCAUGGGUAGAAAAACUCAUCAUCAUCAGCAAUCAUUUGGUUAUGCAUUGUAA